UAAGUAUACCGAGUUUAAUUCAAUCAGACGAUUUAAUAUUUACAUACGUUGUAUUAAUUUUUCAUUAUGGAGGAAAUCAAGUCUGAAAAUGGUUCUUCAAAAUGGUUACAUGCACAUUAUGAUCCACUGGCAACAUUGUAUACAUUUUCUUCUUGCAUGUGCUUAGCUGAUUUACAUGGAGAUGGAGAUUAUAAACUUAUUGUUGCUGAUUUAGGAACUGGAACACAUAAUAUGAAGCUUAAAGUAUACAAAGGUACUCAUUUGCUGUCAGAGCACACCAUUAUUGAUCUUCCCACUGGUGUUGUUUCUUUUCAUAUGGAUACUUGUGACCCACGAUCCCCAGCAAUAGCUGUUGCAUCUGGUGCUCAUAUAUAUAUUUACAAGAAUAUGCGUCCAUUUUACAAAUUUACUUUACCAGCUUCUAGUGUUUGUUCUUCAGAAAUGGAAGCAUGGAAUCAGGCAAAAAAUGAAGAAAUAGAUAUUAACACAUUGAAGGAAUUGUUAGAAAAUAUCAGAGCUGAAGUUGGAGAAUCAUUUCUAACUGCAAGAUCACAGAGAUUUCUGAUGUUGGAUCAAGAAGAAAUGGAGGAGUUUUUUCAUUUACAUAAACAAUUUCCUCUGAAAAAACAAGUUAGUUUAUCUAUUUCUGCUUUAAAAAGUAAUAUAUUCGUUGUUUUGUUCCG